UGAUGGUGACCGUGUACGCGUAUGGAUCGUCGACGUGGGUGACGAUCCCUGAGCAACCCGCGCUGCUACCGCCUCGAUCGUCUCGCUGAGAUCGCCGGCGAGCUGGUGUGCUCACAUCAUCGAGCUGAUCGUUAGACGAAAUCCUCUUGAAUGAAAACUCUCGCCUAUCCCAACGGGAUACUCUCUGGUCGUUAUAAUCACGGCGGCACCGGCAAAGAGGGUCGUCGCCACGAAGUAGAAGGUCACGCGUGAUCAUCUUCGAAUCACGCCGGAGAAAUCAGCCGAGGAACGAUACUCUCGGGCGAUGGCGAGUCUCGUUAAUUCAACAGUACAAUUUUUCAACGAUGCGUACGACUACUACCUCUGGACGCUGUCCCUCGCAGAUGAGAGAUCGAGGGGGUGGUUAUUGGUUGACUCGCCGAAACCAACGUUAAUAUACACGAUGUUGUACCUUCUCAUCGUCUGGGCGGGCCCUAAGAUCAUGAGGAAACGAAAAGCUUUCAAAUUAACAUGGGCAUUGGUGCCUUACAACCUUGCCAUGGCCAGUCUCAAUGCUUACAUUGCCGUUCAGUUGUUCGUAGCAUCCACAAGGUUACGAUAUAGUUACGUAUGUCAGCCGAUAAGGCACAUCACGCGUCCCGAAGAGCUUCAGAUCGCUCACGCGGUUUGGUGGUACUACUUUAGCAAGCUUCUGGAAUUUUGCGAUACGUUUUUCUUCAUUUUGCGGAAGAAGGACAAUCAGUUGAGCUUCCUCCACGUCUAUCAUCAUUCCACCAUGUUCUCAUUAUGGUGGAUCGGUAUUAAAUGGGUGCCGAGUGGAUCCACUUUCCUGCCAGCGAUGGUGAACAGCUUCAUCCACGUGCUGAUGUACUCGUACUACGGACUCGCCGCGUUAGGCCCUUCGGUGACCAAGUACCUCUGGUGGAAGAAGUACUUGACGAUCCUCCAGCUCAUCCAGUUCACGACCGCUCUGGUUCUGGGGGUCAACGGCAUCCGGUCGGGCUGCGACUUCCCCCUCUGGAUGCAGUACGCCCUCGUGAUCUACAUGCUCUCCUUCAUCGUCCUGUUCGGGAACUUCUACGCCAAAGCCUACAUCGCGAAGGGUAAGCAGGUGUACGCGGAGAAGCGACUCGAGAGGCUAAGAGCCGCCCGCGAGAAGGCUGCGUCGAGUAUGCAGCUCGACGAUGCGGUCAGCAACGGGAAGGUCGCGAACGGGCAUGCGAACGGACACGCGAACGGCUACACGAACGAGACGGCUAAGAAGAAGACCCAAUGAGACGAUUCUCCUCGGGGGCGUCUCCUUCCCGUCGGGAGACCCGAUCCACGGCACUCGCGACGCACGACGAAGGAGGAAUAGUCACGGAUAUUUAAUCGGCGUCGGGAUGUGCUGUCGUGGUCGCGUACAGGAGUAGUUUAGCAUGAAACAAAAAAAAAAAAUAAAACUAAAAAUAAAAACGAAAAAAAGAGGCAAGGGGGAAAAGAACAUAUGGAUUUCUCGCUUAAUAUAAUCCGCAACAUUGUCGGGUUUGUGCUUUCGCGAAGCGAAAAUUAGCACCGUGAUUUCAAAGUUAUCGGAUCAGCAAUUGUACAUUCGCGGCGGGAGGGGACGUCACGCUGAUUCUAGCAACUGUACAUAUUAACGGACAUACACUGGAGAAGUGGUCUAGAACCGAAUGAGUUUAGUAGCGAUUAGCGCGAUGGGCCUGCAAGAAUGAGAGUUCGCACAUGAAUAAAAAAAAAAAUAUAUAUGUAUUGGACUGAAGUGAAAGGAUUUACAUAUUGUGUGAGAGGAUCCAGAUAAAUAUCAAAAUAUUGUCAGAAAAAAUGAUCUUUCUUUUGGGAGAGGGGAAGGGGAGUCAGAAAAUAGACAAAUAAGUUUUUCCCUAAGUGUAAGAUUAUCCGGAGAAAUAAUCGUAACGGUAGGAGGGAAAUGUGCGUAUAUGUGUGUGUGUGUAUAGAUAAAAAUAGAUAAACGGAUCGUGUCAGGGAAACAAGAGAGAGGGAAGAAAAACGCGAGAGGGAUUUUCUAUGGGCGAAUGAACGAAAAUUUUGAAAAUGGAAGAUUGUCGUAGAAAAGUUGAAAAAUUGCAUCUCUUAGAAAGAAACAAGAACGCUCGAAUUUCAAUGCGACCCAUUAGUUUAGUUGUGAAAAUUUUGAUAAUGAAAUGUAUGCGAGUGUGUGCGUAUAAUACGAGGAUACUGACUCGAGAUCAAACCGUUUUUGCAACAGCAUGAAUCAAUAUACUUUAGAAGUCCCAAUUCGGGAAGCCUAUCACGCAGUUAUAUUCCUGAUUGAUCCGCACAGAAACGGGGAGAUACGCGAUACACGGAGGUUCGCCCGCUUUUACAUACGUUCAAAUAUAAUAUAUAUAUUUGAAUGUAUAAAAUAUAUCAAGUAUAAUCAGAUUUCUAUUCGUUUUCGAGUGUAACAGAUUUCAAUAAAUAAAAAAAAAGAAGUAUCGAUCGAUUAGACGAAGGUUUUUAUACCGACGCUUUUCUACAACGAAUAAUUCAGAUAUGUAAUGUACAUACAUACCAAAUGACCAUGCUUUCGUCGCAAUGAAGAUAUAUAUUAUGAUAGUAAUAAAAAAAAAUUUGUAUUACUGAAAAAAAAACCAGAAAAAUACGGCAGAGAAAGCAUUCAUCGCGAUUGUUCUAUUACACGUUAUAAAUCAUUUGGUGAAUCUGCUCUACAUCUUGCAGCGUACGUGUGCGUUUGUAUUACUUAUCUCGAAAAUUACAGCAGCUACCAAUUACUGAAUAAAUUACAAGACAGUUAUUUGCGACGAAAUGGAUCAUCAUGUUCAUUUGCGCGGGGAUCGUGUGUUUCCUCCUAAUAUAUUUCUCUUAGAUAAUUAGGUUAUUACAUGAUAUUGUUAAUGUGUUUAUAUAAAUAUCAUUAUUAUAUGUAACGGAUGAUGCAAUUGUUAUAAAAAAGGCAUUGCUGCGCAAUGCUUAAAACAAA